CUUCCCUUGCCCCACGCGCGCGCACUUGACCUCGGCCACGAAUCUGUAUUCCUCUGGAUUCUUCGUUUCGGAUCGGGUUCUGGUAACCCUUUGCUGGGACAUCACACAGACUUCAUCUGCCGCGAGGCCGCCAUGUUCGGCUGAAUGGGAGUAGGGGAACCACACAACGUCACGAUGCUUUGGUGCCCCUCGUCGCAAGAAAAACAAAACUCAUAUGAUAUCCUUAAGCCGAACUCUCACUUCUCCAUCCCACCGAGGCUCUCAUUUUUCUCUUUGUCUUCUAUUCCUUAUUCCACUUUCCCCCCCGUUUUCCCCGUUGGCGCACUGGGCAGGCGGUUUCACGACGAAAUUGUACCCUCUCGAUCAUCGUCAUGGCAGUCACCGCGACGACGACCAAUGCGGCAUUGUUCCUAUCACCCGAUGCGCGCGAAGGCAGCACGGUACUACGGCACGAAUCCAUAUCAGAUUGGCCGCCAUCGUUUACCCCGCUUGUGUCUCCAGGUCGGGCAGCAGGCAGUUUGCUCUUACGAUGUGAUGCAGAAUCCUCCUCCCCCACAUCCCUCCUACCUUGCCUCAUGUGUCUGGGACACCGUCACUCAAAACCGUACCUUGCUUCUACACCGAUAAUCGACACCCUUGGAACCCGCCAGCCCGAUGCAUCUUUAGUCUCACCCCAACUUGAACACUUAUCACACACAUUCUCUAGCUCUUGACACGCCCUCCAUCUUCAGUCCGCUUCUCCUCUCAAUUCCACACCACCAUUGCAACCAACUGCGGCUCCAAGACACCCUAAAAAGCUCUCAAGUUCCAAGUCAG